UCCAAGAUGGCGCCCACGACCACGCUGGGAACCCAGCGUGAAGCCGCAGUUCUGCCAUCACUCAAGAUGGCUGCCCCCAUCAAGAUGACCGGGGUGUGCCGGGGAAAAAGGGGCAGCAGGAUGGUCUGAGAUGGUCUAUCGUCGGACCAUGUGGAAGUUUCUGGGACGGGGGAGCCAGAUGAUGGGGGGUGGGGCUUGCUGGGGGGUAGAGGGAGCAAUACUUCCAUUUCUAGGCUAACCCUGGCCCCUUCCCGUUUUCUGGACUAAAAUGGGGAACACAUUGGGCCUGGCACCAAUGGGGACUUUACCCCGUCGGAGUCCCCGCCGAGAAGAGCCUCUGCCCAACCCUGGGAGCUUCGAUGAGCUGCACCGACUGUGCAAAGAUGUAUUCCCAGCACAAAUGGAGGGAGUGAAGCUCGUGGUCAACAAGGUUCUGAGCAGCCAUUUCCAGGUGGCUCACACUGUGCACAUGAGUGCUCUGGGCUUGCCCGGCUAUCACCUCCAUGCGGCCUAUGCGGGAGACUGGCAGCUGAGCCCCACCGAGGUAUUCCCCACUGUGGUGGGGGACAUGGACAGCAGUGGCAGCCUCAACGCCCAAGUCCUGCUCCUCUUGGCAGAGCGGCUGCGAGCUAAGGCUGUCUUCCAGACUCAGCAGGCCAAGUUCCUGACCUGGCAGUUUGAUGGCGAGUAUCGGGGAGACGACUACACAGCCACGCUGACCCUGGGAAAUCCUGACCUGAUUGGAGAGUCAGUGAUCAUGGUUGCUCACUUCCUGCAGAGCCUCACUCAGCGGCUGGUGCUGGGAGGAGAGCUAGUUUAUCACCGGCGGCCAGGAGAAGAGGGGGCCAUCUUGACACUGGCUGGGAAGUACUCAGCUUUACACUGGGUAGCUACAUUGAAUGUGGGAUCAGGCGGGGCCCACGCAAGUUAUUACCACAGGGCAAAUGAACAGGUUCAGGUUGGAGUGGAGUUCGAGGCGAACACAAGACUACAAGACACAACCUUCUCCUUUGGUUACCACCUGACUCUGCCCCAGGCUAACAUGGUGUUUAGAGGCUUGGUGGACAGUAACUGGUGUGUGGGUGCUGUGCUGGAGAAGAAGAUGCCCCCCCUGCCCGUCACCCUUGCCCUCGGAGCCUUCCUCAAUCAUUGGCGAAACCGAUUCCAUUGUGGCUUCAGCAUCACUGUGGGCUGAGGUGGUCCCAGAGCAGCCCCCACAGCAGCUGGAACCUCUGAGUCAGGUGUCCGAGGGCCAGAGACUAGGCCCCUCUCCAGAGCCCACCUUGCUGGGUGACCUCUAGGUCCCAGGAGCAGAGUGGGGGUAAGAGCAUGCCCUUCUCAGAACUGGAGCUGCCACAGGGGCAGUGGUUUGGGGCUCCCACCUCUGCCACCAGCCCCACUUUCAUCUUCUCCAUGCUCUUGUGGCUCUGGACUAAGGAAGAAAGAUUAAGGGAACGUCUGGCUGAAUCCUCCCCCACCCUUCCUUCCUUCCUUCCUUCCCUUUGGGUAUUACUCCUAGCCCCUUCUUCCAAGCAGAAAAGUCUGCAUGGGAUUAGCUCCCCUUCCUGUGUUCCCUCCCGGGGCCUCCCAAGGCUGGGGUGCAGGGCUGAAGGGCUAAAUGUCUGGCCUCAGAAAGUGGGGCCU